AAAUAAAAUGAAGACCAAUAAUUAAAUAUUCAUUUAAUGUUGAGUUGCCCAUUUUCACAUCAUAUUUUAUAUCCUAAAUAAAUAAUAAAUCACUUUGCAAACCCACACCACAUCCACCCACACCCACCGCAGUCUUUCUUCUUUCAACCCAUUUUCCGGUCACCGGAAACCACCACACCACCAUCAACUCCGGCAACGUGGACCCACUCAUGUAACCUGAACUCGUUCCCAGAUCCGUAGUUUGAACUUUGAAGGUGAUUGUCGGGUUUAGAAAGUUCGAAUAAAGAGAAGAUUUAUGGUGGGUUCAAAUGAAAAGAACUGAUGUUAUUAGCAGUGGAAGGAGGAAGGUUUUUCUCUUCCUCAGCGACGGGCUACAGUAACGGGCUAAGCCUACUUCUAUUGGGCCAGAAAAAAGAGGAGAAGCCCAUGAGAGUUACCCCGUGGGCUCAGUACCAUUUGGUGGACCAAACAACCGACCCGAACCUCCAACUGGCUGCCAAUAAGAGCCGCGGUGCCUGCAGGUGUGCCUCGCUCACCUGCUUCGGUUGCGCAGCCACAGGGCUCGAGAGCCCGUCUGUGGGACCCGCCCAGAAUCAGCAAGAUGUCGUUAAAAGUUCUUCUCGUUUAGAAAAAGUUGACGAAAAUUCUCAACCCUCAAAUUUGGCGGAAGGUGAUGGUGAUGGUGAUACUAAUGGCGUAAACGCAGUUUCGCUUAAAAGCAGCUUGAAGAAACGGGCCUCGACUGUUACUGUUACUGCCUCGGUUGCAGAAAAUAAGUGUGAUGAGGUUGAACCCGAGCCCGUACACCAAAGUGCUAGAAGGAGCGUGCAUUGGACCGAUGUUACAGGCGGAGAACUUUGUGAGAUUCUGGAAUUUGAGCCCAGCGAGCACAGUGAUUCAGAUGAUGAAUUUGAAAACAGCACUGGGAAAACAUGUUCGUGUACGAUAAUGUAGUUACGAGGUUGUAGCUUUGGGUGUGUUUUUGGCUCUUUUUAACGAUUGAAAAACACUUUUUUUGUAUCAUGUCAUCAUGUUGACAUCAUCGUACGACCAUACAACAAAUCUUUUGAGAUUUGUUGUAAAUGACAGUCAUCUUCGGCAUUUACAACAAAUUUAAUAUGUUUGUUGCAUGAAGUCAACGUGGUGACAUGGUACUAUGACCGCUGAUAACAUUUGUUCAUAUUCAAGUUUUUUUUGGUCAUUUUAUUCUUAAUUUGUUUCUUCGUAAUUAACAUGAUCUUAUUCUCCUAUUAUUGUUGUUUUUUUAUGAUUUCUUGUCAAUUAUAGAAAUUUGAGGUUUAAUCA